AUGCUGAUAGUCACGGCUUGGGAUUUUGAGGAACUAAGCUGGUCUUACAAUUACACUGAGUUCAUCGAUACUUUGACCUCUUUGGUCAUGAAGAAGGUGAUUCUCAUGACUCGUAUAGACGAUGCUGUCCGGAGAAUUUUGAGAGUCAAAUUCACUGCAGGCCUCUUCGAGAAUCCCUUUUCUGAUCUUAGCUUGGCUCAUCAAAUAGGAAGCAAGGCACAUAGAGAUUUGGCAAGGGAAGCUGUGAGGAAAUCCUUGGUGCUUUUGAAGAACGGGAAACAUGCAAAUAGUCCAUUGCUUCCUCUUCCCACAAAUACAUCCAAGAUCCUAGUUGCUGGAAGCCAUGCUGAUGAUUUGGGUCUGCAAUGUGGUGGUUGGACUAUUUCUUGGCAGGGACAAACCGGCAACAAUAUGACCACCGGUAGGGUGUCAAUUUUGCCUAUUAACACCACCUUGACACGACUUCAAAAAUAA